AUGAAUUCUGAAGAUGGUGGUGAUAGUGACGCUCGACACCUCGAGGUAAGAAUUCUGAAGAUGGUGACACUCAAGAUGGUGAUGCUCCACACCCCGAGUCCAUGCCCCGCAAGCCAGAUUACCCCUGAGCCUCUCUCUAGUCUCUUCUGCUUCCUUGACUCUCUCAUGGGAAAGGCUUCUCUGGUCUUCUUUGCAUUUCUCACCUCCUUCGCCUUAACGCCCGAUGUUCGAAUCCCAGGAGUUUACCCCGGGCAUCCUUGGCAGAGUGUUCAUGCUAACAUCCAUGGAGGAACUGAUGCCUCAGGUAUGGGGGGAGCUUGUGGACACGGUAACGUCUACAGCCAAGGGUACGGCUCUAGCACGGCGGCCCUGAGCACCGCGACAUUCAACUUUGAGCUGCGCUGCGGAGCAUGCGUGGAGAUAAAGUGCGCAAAAGACCCUCAACGGUGUCACUCUGGGAGCCUAUCCAUCUUCUUCACGGCCACUAACUUCCGCUAUGCUCUUGCGAAAGACGUCAGCGGCCAGCCACCCUCAGCUGAAGCAGAGAUCAAAACUGGCACUCAAACGCAGUAUUGGUGGGGACGGUCAUGGUCGUUUACGGUCACGGGCAGUGACGGCGAAGGACGUACGUCCACCUCUUGGACCAUCGUGCACUGGCAAUUCAGUCAAACUUUUACUGCCCGGAUCUUCCAGGUUUGA